AUGGCCCCCCUCCCUCCCCGCCUCACGGCCCCUCCCUGCUCUCCGCCCAGGCCCGACGCUGAGCCAGCGCCCUGCGCGCGCACCAUGGAGCGCUACCUGUCCAAGCCGGACAACGCCACGCUGCAGAUGCUGCGCAGCCCGAGCCUCGCCGUGGUGCUGCCGGUGGUGUACUCGCUGGUGGCGCUGGUCAGCAUCCCGGGCAACCUCUUCUCGCUGUGGGUGCUGUGCCGCCACAUCGGGCCGCGCUCGCCGUCCGUCAUCUUCAUGAUCAACCUGAGCCUCACCGACCUGGCGCUGGCCCUGGUGCUGCCCUUCCAGAUCCACUACCACUGCAACCGGCACCACUGGGUCUUCGGCGUGGCGCUCUGCAACCUGGUCACGCUGGCCUUCUACGCCAACAUGUACUCCAGCAUCCUCACCAUGACCUGCAUCAGCGUCGACCGCUUCCUGGGCGUCGUCUACCCGCUGGCCGCCGCGCGCUGGCGCCGCCGCCGCUACGCCGUGGCCACCUGCGCCGGCCUCUGGCUGCUGCUCCUGGCCGCGCUGGCCCCGCUGGCGCGCACCGACCUCACCUACAGGGUGGAGGCGCUGGGCAUCGUCACCUGCUUCGACGUGCUCAAGUGGACCAUGCUGCCCAGCGUGGCCACCUGGGCCGUGUUCCUCUUCACGCUCUUCAUCGUCCUCUUCCUCAUCCCCUUCGUGGUGACCGUGGUCUGCUACACGGCCACCAUCCGCAAGCUGCUGCAAACGGCCGACGGCUACGGGCAGGGCCAGAAGCGGCGCUCCGUGUGCCUGGCGGCCGUGGUCCUGCUGGCCUUCGUCACCUGCUUCGCGCCCAACAACUUCGUCUUGCUGCUGCACAUGGUCAGCCGCCUGUUCCUGGACCGCAGCUUCUACCACGUGUACAAGCUGACGCUGUGUCUCAGCUGCCUCAACAACUGCCUGGACCCCUUCGUCUACUACUUCGCCUCCAAGGAGUUCCAGAUGCGGCUGCGCGCCUACCUGGGCCACCGCGGCGCGCGCGCCGACAGCCAGGACACGCGCCGCGAAAGCCUCUUCUCGGCGCGCACGCUGUCUGCGCGCUCCGGUUCCAGCGCGCAGGCGGACUGCCUGGAGGCGGCGGGCAGGGCCUUUCUCCAGAGGCAGGAGAGCGUGUUCUGA